AUGAUUAAACCGGAAAAAGAAGCACGAUUCCAAGAUUUUGUAUAUCUUGAUUUCCAGACUUCUUUCCCGGGUCAAAUCAGCAAUACGUGUCAUGAUGAUUCAGGCAGCAUUCAUCCCAGUAUCAGAGUAGCUCUGAAGAAGUAUGAAACAGCCUUUAGUCCCCAGAAGUGCAACCUUAUGGCUGGGGGCCUGGGCGGGCUAACUCGUAGUAUAUCCACGUGGAUGAUAUCUUGCGGUGCUCGACGGUUCGUAUUUCUCAGUCGAUCCGGUAAUGAUAAGCCCCAGGCGAAGAACUUGGUCGAAUAUCUACAGGCGCAAGUAGCCUAUGUCACAGUGAUCCGGGGAGAUGUUUGCCGGUACGAGGAUGUCGAACGGGCUGUGGAAGUGGGGGACUAUCCUACUGGUGGCGUAAUCCAGACGGCUAUAGCACUCGACGAGACUAUAUGGAGUGAUAUGCCGCAUAGUGCGUGGCGAACUACUAUGAGCUCCAAGGUGCAGGGGACUUGGAAUCUUCACAAUGCGUUGAGGCAGAAUGGUCGAGACUCCCAGCUGGACUUCUUCGUCAUGACUUCAUCCAUCUCCGGAACCGUGGGCACAGCAACUGAAAGCAAUUACUGCGCAGCCAACUCGUUCCUAGAUGCUUUCGCCCGGUAUCGAAACCAUCUCGGACUACCGGCUAUCUCUCUCGGCUACGGGAUGAUUUCAGAAGUAUACAUGCACGAGCACCCAGACAUCGAAGCGCUUACGGAUCGUGGAGGAGUCCAUCCCAUCAACGAAGACGAACUGAUCCAGAUCAUGAACAUGGCUCUCGAACAGCGGGAACGAGGAUUCGAGGGCGACAACCAUGUCCUUGCUGAUCCUCGUGCUGCAAUUUUCACUGCGUCCUUUGCCCGCCGCGCCGCGGGGGAGGGCAAACGCGAAACGCGCAACGCGACGGCACAUCUUCCUAAGAAUAUUGCGCGAGCGCUGCGCGACAACCAAGAUGUGGAAUCGAACCUCGAUGCACUUCGUGCUGUUGUAUCAAAGAAGAUCUCCAAUCUAAUUCUUCUGCCAGAGUCCGACCUGCAAGCGAACCAGCCUCUGGGUGACUCUGGCUUGGAUCCUAUGCUGGCUGCUGAGUUUCGGACCUUUAUCUUCCGCAUGUUUGAAGUUGACAUUCCUUUUGUGGUACUUCUGAAGAGGAGCACAAUUGUGAAUCUUCUGACUGAUAUGAUUGCCCAAGGUCUACAAGCAGGUACUUGA